AUGUCUACCACAAAGAAUCGACAACAGUGGCCCAACUUUCGACCCAUCGCUCCUUCACUACCACAGUCCACAGGUGUCAUUGGCCAGUCAGCAUUGAAACCGGGAAUAGACGAUCCUGAAAAACGAAAGUGGGACGAUUUGGUUAGCCCAAGCAUGGCCAAUCUACAAAUUCGAGAAGGAUCAAUAGGGGGUGACAGUGAUAGCGUAUUCAACAAUGCUGUACGCUUUGGUGUCGGGGAGAAUACACAUAACUUGACAGCUGAACAAAAGCAACGACGCAAGGAGCAGAAUCGUGCAGCACAACGAGCAUUUCGAGAACGCAAAGAACGCUAUGUCAAAGAGUUGGAGACCAAGAUCAAGUUUAUGGAAGAGACGCAUACAACAAGCAUGCAAGCUGUUCAACAUGAGAACACCGAGCUACGCGAUGUCAUCAAGCGUAUGGAAUCGGAAUUGCUGGCUCUGAAAGCAGCAGCAUCCACGUUCAACGACAAACUCGACCACUUGCGAGGACAAGGCAUUGAUGUACCCACAUUUACUAUACCCGAUAUCAGCCACGAUCCAAUCAACGACAAGAAUGAGGAUGAUGGGAGCGGUGAUGAUCAACAACCUGCAGCCAAACGCAUCAUGCGUGUGCCAUCAUCAGCAGUAGCAUGUAUUCGAGACAAGGAUGGCGUAUCGUUUUGCGAGAGACUCAAGGAAGAAGUGUGUUCAUCAGCAUACAACCAACUACUUUCAGAGCAACUCUUUGACCCAUCAGGUUCUUUGAAUGAUACUGUCACUCAACACCCUGUGCCGAUUGUCACUGGAUUGGAUAACAAGGGAUCCAUGCUGGAGCACGACUUUGACAGAUUCAUGACCAUCAUGUCCGAAGGUGUAGUCAUUGAUCCAGCAACGUAUUCAACAAAGCUUGUGCCAUGCAACGAAGUAUGGCAACGACUUUCGGAACACCCACAAUUCGACCAUUUCGAUUUGGAUUUGCUCUGCAACGAGCUGAAGAAGCGUGCAAAAUGUUCACACGAUGGUCCAGUUUUAGAGGAACAUGAGCUAGACCAAGUACUGGGUUUAAUGGAGACAAGUCUAGAACGAUGA